CUGCCGGGGACCCAUGAGGCCGGCAGGUGGCCAGACUGGGCCACAGGGCAGGGGCAGGUGUGUGACCAGAGCCUGUCUUUGCAAUAGCCCCCGACUUGUAAUCUGUGCACCGGAGCCGCCGUCGAGGAGCCAAGAGGGGCCGUGGUGGCCCCCAGGUGGCCCCGAGCCAGCCUGGAGCUGUGACGCCCUGGGGGGAAGGGAGGAAGGAGGAGAAACAAAGGCGAGAGCGCCUGGCGCCGCCCACCAUGUGUCAGUCAGAGGCUCGCCGAGGACCGGAGCUCCGCGCGGCGAAAUGGUGAGAUGCUGCCAGCCGCGCCCUAACCCCGCGGUGCCCCGCGUGGACCUCCGGAAGGUCAGAGUGCACGUCCAGAGGCCCCGAGGUGGAGCUGGCGGCCGGGGCUCUGGGGACCAGCCCCCGCGGCUGGAGGGGCCCGGCCCCGGGGGCCUGAGCCGGAGAGCCCGUUUCAGGUUGCACUUCCCCCAGCUGGCCCUGAGGCGGAGGCUGGGACAGUUGAGCUGCAUGUCCAGACCUGCCCUGAAACUUCGCUCCUGGCCCCUCACCGUACUCUACUACCUCCUGCCCUUGGGUGCCCUCCGACCGCUCAGCCGGGUGGGAUGGAGGCCCGUGAGCCGGGUGGCCCUGUACAAGUCCGUGCCAACCCGCUUGCUGUCACGAGCCUGGGGUCGCCUCAACCAGGUGGAACUGCCGUACUGGUUGCGCCGGCCUGUCUAUAGCCUGUACAUCUGGACCUUCGGGGUGAACAUGAAGGAGGCGGCCGUGGAGGACCUGCACCACUACCGCAACCUCAGCGAGUUCUUCCGGCGCAAGCUGAAGCCACAAGCCCGGCCUGUGUGUGGGCUGCACAGCGUGAUCAGCCCUUCGGAUGGCAAGAUCCUCAACUUUGGGCAAGUGAAAAACAGUGAAGUGGAGCAGGUGAAGGGGGUCACCUACUCCCUGGAGUCAUUCCUGGGCCCGCGCACCCCGGCCGAGGACCUGCCCUUUCCACCAGCUGCCUCCUGCGACUCCUUCAGGAACCAGCUGGUCACCCGUGAAGGGAACGAGCUGUACCACUGUGUCAUCUACCUGGCCCCUGGGGACUACCACUGCUUCCAUUCCCCCACCGACUGGACUGUGUCCCACCGUCGCCACUUCCCAGGCUCCCUGAUGUCCGUGAACCCCGGCAUGGCCCGUUGGAUCAAGGAGCUCUUCUGUCACAAUGAGCGGGUGGUGCUGACAGGGGACUGGAAGCACGGCUUCUUCUCGCUCACAGCCGUGGGGGCCACCAACGUGGGUUCUAUCCGCAUCUACUUUGACCAGGACUUACACACGAACAGCCCACGGUACAGCAAGGGAUCCUACAAUGACUUCAGUUUCGUGAACCGUGCCAACAAGACGGGCAUCCCCAUGCGCAAGGGCGAGCACCUGGGAGAGUUCAACCUGGGCUCCACCAUCGUGCUCAUCUUUGAGGCCCCCAAGGACUUCGACUUCAAGCUGCAGGCGGGACAGAAAAUCCGGUUUGGGGAGGCACUGGGCUCCCUCUAGAGCUUCUUUCCUGUUUGCAGCACAUGGGGCUUUCCCAAAGAAACAGGAAAGGGCUUCUGGGGGGGACCCUAGUGGCUGUCUGGGGUCUUCAGGUCUUACCAGGCAGGACCUGAGUCACUUUGUCCUGCUGCCCUGGGGGGACAGACAAGGGGGUCUUGACCCCUCUUGGCAGAUCAGUGUCCCUUCCUGCCCCC